UGUUCUCUUCAUCUUCACCAUUCACAACAACGACAAGAGCAAAAGUCUCUCGACGACUUUAUAAUCAGCGACGAGAACCAGCAUCCCUCGAUACCCGCUCGCCUAUAUCUCCACUCGUAGCGCACGCCCAACAGCUCAAUCUCCAUCUCCCACCAUGCUCCUCCGCAUUCGCUCGCCAGCAGGCACGGCGAGGAUAACAGUCGAGUCGACGACGUCGGGCGAGGACCUCACCGCCAAGAUCCUCGAGACGAUCCCCAAGAGCGAGCCGCAGCCCGACCUGUCGACCGUCACGCUGAGCAACCAGCCCGGCGCGGCGGCCGAGAAGGUCGGCCUCGACGCGCUCAAGGGCCGCAAGGUGUCGGACAUGGGCUUCAGCCACGGUGACCUCCUGUUCCUGUCGUACAAGCCGCUCGAGGCCGGCUCAUCGAGCCCAUCACUCGCGCCCCCUGCGCCAGCGCCAGCCACGCUCCGCGGCGGCUCGGGUGCGCCGUCGACUUCAACGUCCGGAACCGCCACCCCGUCAGCUGCGCCUGUCGGUCCUAACCUCGACCAUGUUGUCGAGCCCGAGAUCGACGUGUACUGGAACGGCCAGAGCGGCAAGAUUGACCGUAAGCGCGACAACGCGUUCUGCCGCCACGGCGAGAAGGCCAUGUGUGACUACUGCAUGCCUCUGGAGCCAUACGACGCAAAAUACCAGGCCGAGAACCAGAUCAAGCACCUGUCGUUCCACGCCCAUCUUCGCAAGCUCCUCGCCGGCCGCCCACCAUCAGCCGCGUCGUCCUCGUUUGUCCCGCCACUCACUCCACUCUCCCUUGCCGUCUUGACCCCAUGUCCCUCGGGAACGCACGCGCCGUUCCCAGAGGGUAUCUGCUCCAAGUGCCAGCCCUCGGCCCUCACCCUCCAGUCGCAGUCGUUCCGCAUGGUCGACCAUGUCGAGUUUGCGACCCCUGCCAUCAUCGACACACUCCUCAGCGCAUGGCGAAGAACCGGUACCCAGCGCUUCGGCUUCCUUAUCGGCCGCUACGACAAGUACGAGAAGGUGCCGAUGGGCGUCAAGGCCGUAGUGGAGGCAGUGUGGGAGCCCCAGCAGGAGGGCGAGGUCGACGGCUUGACGAUCGAGGUUCCAUGGGAGGAUGAGAAGCGUGUAGGGGAGAUCUCGGCGUGGUGCCAGAAGGGCCUUGGUGUCGUCGGCAUGAUCUACACGGAUCUGACUCCUGACCCAGAGGACAUUACAAAGACGCUGUACAAGCGACACGCGCAGAGCUACACGGCGUCGGGUCUUGAGAUGCUCGCCAGUGCCCAGUAUCAGGUCGCCCACCCACUCGCCACCAAGGCGUCGCCUACGGGCUCGUUCUCGUCGCGCUUCGUGACUUGCUGUCUGACGGGCACCGAGGAGGGAGGCAUCGACGCGACGUGUUGGCAGGCAACAGAGCAGGCCGAGGCCAUGGUCAAGGCCAACACUGUGGAGGGUAGCGUCGACCCGUCGGUGGUCCGCGUCCGCAAGCCCUCUCCUGGCGAGUACAUCCCCGAGGUCUUCUACAGCUUCAAGAACGAGUACGGCAUCCAGGUCAAGAUGCCUGCCAAGCCCACCUUCCCCGUCGAGUACCUCUUCGUCAACGUCACCCACGGUUUCCCCGUUGACCCCGACCCGCUGUUUGUCUCCUCGAACUUCCCCGUCGAGAACCGCCCGGGCCUGCACAACCAGUCUCUCGAGGUCGUCAUUCGCGAGCUCCUCAAGAUUCUCAGCGGAUCCGACCUCGAGGUGUCAGACACGGGCACUUGGCCCGCUCGCAUCAAGAAGGAGGUGGAGAAGUGGCUGUCGGACUUCCACCUCGUCACCUUCCUGUGCUUGCACGGAUCCUUCUCCACCGAGGAGCAGAAGCUCAUCGGGCAGGUGGCGACGGCGCACGCCAACCCGAAGCACGCCAACGCGUUGGAAAAGCUCUUCCACUCUCCAGGAUGGCAGACGCUGCUGAUGCUCGCCGAGUCGUCCAAGGGUGCAUCGGCGGGCUUUGGCAACGACAGCGGAACGACGGCCGAGCAGCUGGCAGGCAUGGGCAUCGCGUCGCCUGGCGGCUCGGGCAGCGCCGGACGGUCGGGUACCGGUACGCCUGCGGUCGCCCCAGAUGUCGGCGGCGAGAAGGCCUGCCCUCAUUGCACGUUCAUCAACGAGGCAACGGCCACCGACUGCAUGGUGUGCGGCCUGCCUCUGUAGGCGGUGGUGGGGAGAGCUCAGUUGGAGUAGCACGGCACGCAGUAGUAGCACGCAUGAUUAUCACUACGAAGUCACAAUGCAUCAUGAUUACAA